CAGACCGCGGGCGCAGCCGGAGCGCAGGGCGCGCAGCGCGCGAGCCGGAGCCCGCGGACCCGAGCCAGGCCUGGAGGGUGGCCGUGAGUAGAAGGGGUCCCUGUUCCUGGAGAAGGGGCCAUGGCCUCCAUGUUGCUCGCCCGAUGCCUGGCUCGCAGCUUCCAGCGCAACCACCACCUACUUGGGCCAGGAUGCAGGCUCAUCAGUCAAGCCGCAGCCAAAGUCGACAUCGAGUUUGAUUAUGACGGGCCUCUGAUGAAGACGGAAGUCCCGGGGCCUCGGUCCCAGGAGCUGAUGAGACAGCUGAAUAUUGUCCAGAACGCAGAGGCCGUGCAUUUUUUCUGCAAUUACGAAGAGAGCCGAGGCAACUACCUGGUGGAUGUGGAUGGCAACCGGAUGUUGGACCUUUAUUCCCAGAUCUCCUCUGUCCCCAUAGGUUACAGCCACCCUGCCCUGGUGAAGGUCGUCCAGCAGCCCCAGAACGUGAGCACGUUCAUCAACAGGCCGGCCCUGGGGAUCCUGCCCCCCGAGAACUUCGUGGACAAGCUCCGCGAGUCCUUGCUCUCGGUGGCUCCCAAAGGGAUGUCUCAGCUCAUCACCAUGGCCUGCGGCUCCUGCUCCAAUGAGAACGCCUUCAAGACCGUUUUCAUGUGGUACCGGAGCAAGGAGAGAGGGCAAAGAGGAUUCUCAAAGGAGGAGCUGGAAACCUGCAUGAUUAACCAGGCCCCCGGGUGCCCGGACUACAGCAUCCUCUCCUUCAUGGGCGCGUUCCACGGGAGGACCAUGGGUUGCUUAGCGACCACGCACUCCAAAGCGAUUCACAAGAUCGACAUCCCUUCUUUCGACUGGCCCAUUGCACCGUUCCCACGGCUGAAAUACCCCCUGGAGGAGUUUGUGAAAGAGAACCAACAAGAAGAGGCACGCUGUCUGGAAGAGGUAGAGGAUCUGAUUGUGAAAUAUCGGAAGAAGAAGAAGACGGUAGCUGGGAUCAUUGUGGAGCCCAUCCAGUCCGAGGGCGGAGACAACCACGCGUCCGACGACUUCUUUCGGAAGCUGAGGGAUAUCGCCAGGAAGCACGGCUGUGCCUUCUUGGUGGAUGAGGUCCAGACCGGAGGGGGCUGCACCGGCAAGUUCUGGGCGCACGAGCACUGGGGCCUGGACGACCCUGCGGACGUGAUGACCUUCAGCAAGAAGAUGAUGACCGGCGGCUUCUUCCACAAGGAGGAGUUCAGGCCCAACGCUCCUUACCGGAUCUUCAACACCUGGCUGGGGGACCCGUGCAAGAACUUGCUGCUGGCUGAGGUCAUCAAUGUCAUCAAGCGCGAGGACCUUCUGAGCAACGCCACCCACGCCGGGAAGGUCCUGCUCACAGGGCUGCUGGACCUCCAGGCCAGGUACCCCCAGUUCAUCAGCAGAGUGAGAGGACGAGGCACGUUUUGCUCCUUCGACACUCCAGACGAGUCCACAAGGAACAAACUCAUCCUGGUUGCCAGAAACAAAGGUGUGGUGCUGGGGGGCUGCGGUGACAAAUCCAUCCGUUUCCGUCCCACGCUGGUCUUCAGGGAUCACCACGCUCACCUGUUCCUCAAUAUAUUCAGCGACAUCUUGGCAGACUUCAAGUAAAGAAGCCAUUUCCACCACACUCGGAGAAAGCCCCGCUCUCAGCAGUUGUCAAAUUGAUUAGUUUGCCUAAUUCAUGUUUUCACGUAAAAGUACCAGAAGUGAGCAGAUACAUGGAAGGGUCAUUUGUGGGGAGAGGAUGACUUUUGGUGGUUUGGGGUAGAAGGGUUGAGAGGAAGGGGCAUGGCUUGGUUUUCCUCCCUGCAGAGCUAAUGGUUUGCAUUGGGUUAAGCCCAGAAGUUCUGCUUGAGCCCUAGAUGUCGUCUUUGGUCCUGGCCAUUGUUCUGCCCACCCUGACCAACCCCAGCAACUCUUUGGAAGUCAGUUGAGGGAAUCACACUGCUCCUGAGACUGGUGGCCAGGGCUCCCAUCUCAAGGAUGCUGGCAUCCCUCAUGCUAUGCAAGCGGUCUGCUCUCACGGCAUCACCCAGCCCCAGAGCUCCAAGCUCCCCCAUGCACGGUUCAGUGAGGGCCUGGAAAAGAUCACAGGAAGAAGACAGUAAUGGCGCGGGCAGGGGCCGCCCGAGGACUGGGCUAGGGAGUAGGGAGGGGCUCCUGGUCUCCCUACGAGUAGGAUCCCUCUUCUCAGUGUACGAGCGACCCCUCUAAACUGUGAAUUCUGCCCUUGAUGGGGCUUUGCCCAGGGAAGAUCUCUGGGCAGCAUCCCUGGGGUUCUUACUCAACAUCCUCCAUUCCCAAACUCUCCCCUGUUGGUCAGCGUCAGCCCGGACCGUACGGGAGGAGGAAGCUGCAGCCUGAGCAUCCGCACGACGGACACACUUGAGCCAAGGGGACAGAAGCACAAACCUGUGGCCCAGCAGUGAAAGGCCAGGGUCAGGGUCGGUGGUGGCAGGACCACUUCAUCCCAUCUCCCAGGGCCUACUGGGGCCUGAUUUUGCACCCCUCCCCCCUGGAGGCUCUUUCUCUAGCUUUUGCUCAUCCAUCUUCCUUCCCUUCUGAGCAGACUGUUGAAGAGCUUGGCUGUUCCAUCGAGGGAGCCAAGCCUGGACUUAGGGGAGGCACAGAGCGCCACAUGCGGAGAGGUAGCCUGUUGGUUGGUGGCUCGCCCGUACUUGCUUCCUGCAGUCAGGGCUCUUCCUGACCUGAUGGAGUGUGCCGACGACCAGGGAGAUGGCGCUGGAAUGCGCAGCCGGGCUGUGGCCGAGGCUGCGAUGUCUCCACUGGAGAUGACCCCUUCUGGGAACGCAGUGGACGCCGCUGCUCCCAAAGAAAGCACUUGACAGGCCUACAGCUCUGCGGUGCACGUGUGUGGACCGAGACGGUCUGGCUCGAGUUCUGCCAGAAAGGAAGCCACUCCACCUCUUGGUGCCUUGGUUGACUCUCUUGGAAGCCGGGCUUAUCAAGGUUCCUGAUGCAGCCCUUCGCUCUCUUAGUUAACUGCUCACCCAAAGAUUUGGCUUCCAUUCUUCUCAGCCCCAGGCACCCACUGCUUUUUUGUCGAGGAACUAAAGGCACUGACAUGCUAGACAGACGCGGGCAGACCUAGUUCACUUUGCAUUCCUGAUGUCAGUGCGACUUGGCCGUUUAGUGAGUUCUGCCCCGGUUGAGGUCAUUUUUGCUGCCAACUCAGUGGAGGAAGUAUGCUUCCCUCUCUCUGCAAGGCUUUUCUACGUCAGUCAUUCACUCAUCAAACUUUCAUGAAAUACCUGCACCGGCCCUGACUCUGGGCUAAGCACCAGGGAUACAAAAUGAAAUGAAACCUUGCUCGCGAGGGAACAGACUCUUAAGCCAACAGUCAAAGGAGAGCGGCGAGUCCUGGGACAGGCGUGGGUAGGAAUGCCAGGAAAGCACAGGGCAGACCUCGAUCCACCUAAGGCUCAGAGGAGAGUUCAAGGAGACAGUGUCGUUUGGGCAGCGUUGUGCAGAAUUCGCCUAGGAGACAGAGCAAGGAAGGGUGUUGAGGGAGGACAGGAACAGCAUGUGCAGAAGGCACAAGGUUCUUGGCCUCACACCUUCACCAGGGAGCCAGACUCACAGCCAAUAUCCCAAGGUUCAAGGCCUUAUUUGACAAACAAGAUGCAAACAGAAUCAAAGUUCAUUUACUGUGUGAUGUGUUCUGCUGAGAACUUCAGCACGGGAUGCAAACAUACAGUACGGUUCUGGGAGUCUGAAGGGUUUUUCAGCCAGGGCACAAUCAGAAACUUGGCUCUCCUCGGCUCCAGAAUCUCGCUGUCUCCCCACAGGGCCCUGGUGGAGAGAGGAAUGAACUCGUGUUAUCUGGAAAGCCAUAUCCAGAUGUGUUAUUCACUCCUCACCAAGGGAAGUUACUUCUCGUACAGAUUUCUAAGCCAUUUAUCACGAAGUUGACUCAGGGCACGGUCAGUUCCUGAGACAUCCUCUUUCGGGCGCGGGGGCCCAGCUGGAAGAUUUUCAAGGAAAAGAACUCUCAGCAGAGCUUAAGCAACGGGGAAGAGGUUGGUGCAGACACGGGAGCCCCGUGGACAGGCUGCUGUCUAGGGCAGAGCCCACGCAGGUGUGCUUCUGUGGCUAAAGGUCUGGAGAGGAAUCCAUCACACAUUUGUGCCAUAGAGUGUAGUCAAUGUCUCUAGCGAGUCUUGUCACUUUUACAGAAAACAAGGUCUGGUGAUAGCGAGUCUUAGCACAUCCUCAUUUUUAUUAUAAAUGGGUGUUUUUUUAUAAUUCUUACUGAUGCUCAGUAACCAUGUAAAAUUGUGCACAACAUUAAUGUAUCUCUAGAUCUCUCUAUAUCUGUAUCUAUCAGCUCAUGGUAGAAAACCGUAGCUAGGGAGCAUUGCAGACUUACACAUUCAAAGUGGUCUUGUUUACAGUUUUAUGUUGACAGUGACAACAAAUGAUAAUGAAAUUAACAUGUCACAAUGUAACUGAUGACCAUAUGCACAAUCCCUUGCAUUAAACCUGUUUCCUGUGUUAAUCAGUAUUCUUAAAUUAAAAAAAAAAAGAUAUUUAUAAUGGAA